AUGCUCAGCCAUUCGUCCCCAAUGCUGUGCCGUCCAUGGUUAUACCCUGCCGCUAUGGGCCUGCGGAAGUGCUUUCAAGCUUUUGUUGAAUCUUUCGGAUGCUUUCCAUUGUCAUCACGAUAUUUAUCCAGCAUUGCAAUCAAUUCCACGGUCUCUCCGAACUCGAACAACACGAACAAACACGUGGUGGUGGGAAUGUCAGGUGGUGUCGACUCGUCGGUGGCUGCGCUGCUGCUUAAGCGCCAAGGAUACCGCGUCACUGGUGUCUACAUGAAGAACUGGGAUCCAAGUGAUGAAGAAGGAGCUUCAACGUGCCCCGUGGUCUCGGAGUAUUUGGACGUGCAGAAAGUCUGUGAGCGUCUUGGCAUUGAGGCUCAGAUGGUAAACUUGGUGCAAACGUACUGGAACCAGGUAUUCACUCCUUGUCUGGAGGAGUAUGAAAAAGGCUUGACACCGAAUCCAGACAUUUUGUGCAAUCGAGAGAUCAAAUUUAAGGCCUUUACCGAGUAUGCAAAGAAGAUUGGCGCUGACUAUGUGGCUACAGGUCACUACGCAGCGUUAAGACCUUUGCAAGAGGGUGGACUCCCGAAUCUUUUUGCGGCGGAGGAUGACACGAAAGACCAGAGCUACUUUUUGUCUAGUGUGGAUAGAAAUGCUUUCUCGAAUGUGUUGUUUCCUCUGGGCAGCAUGCGCAAGACGGAAGUGAGGCGUAUUGCAGCGGAUGAGGGUCUCUGCACGGCAACAAAAAAGGACUCAGUGGGCAUCUGCUUCAUUGGCAAGCGCAACUUUGCCGACUUUAUUCAUCAGUAUAUUCCACGUCAAGAAGGAUACUUCUACACAGUCGAAGGGAACAAGUUGCACCCACAUCACGGUUUUACAGCAUACACCGCGGGUCAAGGAGCGCGAUUGCAAGGCAUGAGUGCAAAAUGGUUUGUAGCAGGCAAGCGUAAACCCGAUUCUUCCGUGAUCGUCGCAGAGGGUACGCGACAUCCUGCUCUUUUUUCGGACGCACUCUUUGCCUUUGCAGCGGGGUUCAACUGGAUGGCAGGAGAUAUGCCUCAAGAGCUUCGUGAAACCGGCCGUAUGCGCUGCUUCUACCGCGUGCGCUAUCGACAAGAUCUGGACGAGUGUACGAUAUCACUCGUAUCUAGCCGCGAUGCUCGCGCCAGCGCAAGUAAACUCCAUGACUGGCAGCCUGAAUCGCUCGUAGAGGACGAACAAGAGGAGUGCAGCUACUUGCGAGUCGACUGUGACAAUCCGCAGCGUGGCGUCACACCCCAGCAGGCUUUAGUACUGUAUCGUGGUGACGGACUUUGCUACGGCGGUGGUCCCAUUGUUGUUGCCGGAAAGACGUAUUAUGAACAGCAAAAACCUCUUGCAGAAAACGUUCAUGACUGGCGUCGACAAGGAUAG